AGAGAGACGCGGUGAGGACCUGCGUGAGGAGCCCUAAGCAGUGAAGUCGCACAGAGCCCCGCCUCUGCUUUCAAUCCUUGGAGACCCUGGACCGCGGCCAACACCGGAUGCGGUUCACCCGACUUCCGUUCUGGGUGGGGCUUCCACCGCCGGGCGCCAUAUUUGUGCGCUUGGCGGGAGCCGGAUUCCCGGGACUGAUCUGAAUUCAAGGUGCACAAAUCACCUGUCUCACACUCUUGCGUGCCAUCCCUGAUCACAGCCAUUAUGCCUCGUGGUCAGAAGAGUAAGCUCCGUGCUCGUGAGAAACGCCGCCGUAACAGAGAUGAGACCCAAGGUCUCCAGAGUGCUCAGGCCACCACAGCAGAGGAGGAAGAGACCACUCCUUCCACCUCUUCUGUUUUAGGGAAUGUUCCCCCAAGCUCCCCUGUUGCUAGCACUUCCCAGGAGCCUCAGGAAGCCCCAACCACCACCAGGGCUGUUGCAGGUGGUUCACGCCGCAGAUCUAAUGCAGGUGCCAAGAGCCAGGUUGAGGGAGGUAAACAUUCCUCCCAGGCCUCAACUUCCACUGCGAGUGCUCCCAAAGAUCCUCUAACCGGGAAGGUGGGGUUGUUGGUGCAGUUCAUGCUGUAUAAGUAUAAAUUGAAGGAGCCCAUUAAAAAAGCAGAGAUGCUGAAGAUCAUCAACAAAAGGUACAGGGAGCAUUUCCCUGAAAUCUUCAAGAGAACCUCUGAGCGCAUGGAGCUGGUCUUUGGCCUAGAAUUAAAGGAAAUCAAGCCUGGUGGUCACUCCUAUACCCUCAUGAGCACCCUAAACCUCACCAGUGAUAGCGAUGUGAGCAAUGGCUGGGGCUUUCCUAAGAAUGGGCUUCUUAUGCCUCUCCUGGGUGUGAUCUUCUUGAAUGGCAACUGCACUUCUGAAGAAGGUAUCUGGGAAUUCCUGAAUAUCUUGGGCAUCUAUGAUGGAAAGAGGCACUUCAUCUUUGGGGAGCCAAGGAAGCUCAUCACCCAAGAUUUGGUGCAGGAAAAGUACCUGGAAUACCGCCAGGUGUCCGGUAGUGAUCCUCCACGCUACGAGUUCCUGUGGGGCCCGAGAGCCCAUGCCGAGACCAGCAAGAUGAAAGUCCUAGAGUUUUUGGCGAAGGUCCAUGAUACCGUCCCCAGUGUGUUCCUGCCCCAUUAUGAAGAGGCUCUGCGAGAUGAGGAAGAGCGAGCCCAGGCCAGAGCCACGGCUAAGGCUGCCUCUGCUACCAAGGCCAGUGCACAUUCCAGGGCCACAUCCAGCCACUCCACUCCUCCCUAGAGAGGGCUGAGUCAGAUUCUUCACUUUGUGGUUGGAAAGGCCUGUUACCUAGUGUUCCUGAUAUACACACAUAACUUGCUAGCUUUGUUUUUGUUUUUCAAGCAGUGUUAUUUUCAACAGAAAGUUUAUUUAGAUUCAGAAUAUAAAUUUAUGAAGGAUAUGGAUCACACAUUUAUUGCUGUUUAUCAGGUUUAGGAGUAAGAGUUUUAUUUUUUUGAAAUAGAGAUUGGAAAUCCUUAAAUCACUUUUGUGAUCCAGAAUAAGCUAACAUGGCUCUAGGAUAGGAAUAUCCUUAGAUAUUUGAAAGAGUUCCACACUAAAAUAGUUGGGAACAGAAGAUGGAUGGAUGGAUGGAUGGAUGGAUGAAUGGAUAGAUAGAUAGAGUAAAAAUUGGUUAAUUCUUGGUUUGCUUUACUUUCUGUAAACUUAAAAGACAUAUACCUGAAUUUGUUUAUGUUUGUCAAGAAUGUUUGAGAAUAUAGGGCACCCUGGGUGGCUCAGUGGUUUAGCACUGCCUUCAGCCCAGGGCGUGAUCCUAGAGACCCGGGUUCGAGUCCCAUGUCAGGCUUCCUGCAUGGAGCCUGCUUCUCCCUCUGCCUGUG